CGUUAGGCUACAUCCAGAGAGAAAUAACAUCAAAUAAUCUAACAACAAUUAUUUUAUCCACGCUAUAACACAACCCGUUCUGAUUUUUAGGCAUAUAAACCUAUGCUUGUUCGUAUUUUCUGUAUAGAACGAGAGAUCGUUGCCUUUUUAUUUGAUUUUUUUUUAUUUAUUUCACCUUUAUUUAACCAGGUAACCCGGAGAGCUCGUUGCCUUUAGCACCGUGCUAUCGGGGAUCCUUGGUCGUUGGGAGUUGUUCUGGUGAAGGUUUGGAGGUUCCCAGAUAGCACCGACCGUAGCUCCGGGUCCCCUGGAGGGCAAACGGGUUCGGGAGCCAUUCUUUGUGACGUAACUGGCAAGCUAACCAGCUGUUGAACUCAGAAACUGCGGUAGCAGCGGGCUGUAAGAGUGGGAAAUAAAUGACCGACAGUGACCUCGGCCAAAACGUGUUUAAGCGGAUAGGUCUUUACACCCUUUAUCAACUGAAUAAAGGCGCACAUUAUCGGUACUAAGAGCGACGAAAUAUUUUCUACUCGAGUAAUUUCUUUAGAAAGAAAUGAAGGAGCGUGCCGCAGGGUUAGAGAGCUAGAUAGAGACAGCAGCUCUUUGCUUCGUUUCGGUUAGUUUAGUAGCACGCCUGCUAUCUUACGUAGCUAGCUAACUGCAACAAUGGAUAAAGCAAAAUCAAUUAUCGAAAAAAAAGGGUCAGGAUCUUGUUAUGCCAACGGACUUCGAAGGGGGUUUCAUUCUCAGGCUAACAACGGUGGAUGCAAUGCAUACAAAUCAAGUGGAAACUGUACUGGUGCCAGUAGCAAUGUCGAACACUUCCAUCAUCUGCAUACCUGUGAUGUCGAAGCCAAUGGGUCCCCUCCUGCGAAAAGAUGCAGGUUAAGAAGAAGAGUUGAAUCAGUGAAGAGAAACAGACCACCCUUCCCCUGGUUCGGGAUGGACAUCGGCGGUACUCUGGUGAAGCUGGUCUACUUCGAGCCCAAGGACAUCACGGCGGAGGAGGAGGAGGAAGAGGUGGAGAGCCUGAAGAGCAUCCGUCGCUACCUGACCUCCAACACGGCGUACGGGAAGACGGGCAUCCGAGACGUCCACCUGGAGCUGAAGAACCUGACCGUGUGCGGCCGGACAGGCAACCUGCACUUCAUCCGCUUCCCUACGCAGGCCAUGCACCACUUCAUCCAGAUGGGCCGAGACAAGAACUUCUCCAGCCUCCACACCACGCUCUGCGCCACUGGCGGAGGGGCCUACAAGUUCGAGAACGACUUCAGAACGAUGGCUGAUUUAGAGCUGUUGAAGCUGGAUGAGCUUGACUGUCUGAUUCGUGGCCUGCUCUACGUGGACUCCGUGAGCUUCAACGGUCACCCUCAGUGUUACUACUUGGAGAACCCGUCAGACACCCAGAACAGUGUGAAGACCCCGUGCAGUCUGGCCAACCCGUUCCCUAUGCUGCUGGUCAACAUUGGAUCUGGGGUUAGCAUCCUGGCUGUGUACUCCAAAGACGACUACAAACGGGUCACCGGCACCAGUCUUGGUGGGGGAACGUUCCUAGGCCUGUGCUGCUUGCUGACGGGGUGUGAGACGUUUGAAGAGGCGCUGGAUAUGGCUAGCAGAGGGGACAGCAGCAAUGUGGACAAGCUGGUGAAGGAUAUCUACGGAGGAGACUAUGAGCGCUUCAACCUCCAAGGAUCUGCUGUGGCCUCCAGCUUUGGUCACAUGAUGAGCAAGGAGAAACGAGACUCCAUCAGCAAAGAGGACCUGGCCCGGGCUAUGCUAGUCACCAUCACCAAUAACAUAGGUUCCAUUGCACGCAUGUGUGCCGUCAACGAGAAAAUCGAGAGAGUUGUGUUUGUUGGGAAUUUCUUACGGAUCAACACCGUGUCUACUAAGCUGCUGGCCUACGCCAUGGACUUCUGGUCAAAGGGGCAACUGAAGGCCUUGUUCUUAGAACACGAGGGAUAUUUUGGAGCGGUUGGGGCGUUACUGGAGCUGCUGAAGUCGUCUGAGGAGCCGUGACGAUAUGACCACAUCCUCCCUCAAGAAGCUGCCGAAAAGCCGCCACAGGAAACCGGAAAAAAAUAAAACUGGGAAAAGCCAUUUAAUAAUUUAACAACUCCUAAAUAUAUUUUAACUCCCUCCCCGUAAAAUCCUCUCAAAUAGAGGUGUUUAAAUAACUAAUGUAAUGUCUCAUGUCAUGAACCCUGGGAGGCAGGUAAGUGCUAAGGGUCACAGGGACGGUGUUAGUUCUUGGUACUGUGUGUAAAUACCUAUUUUUCGUAAUUCUAGAGUGCACUAAAGCCAAAACCUGCUGAGAUUUUACCUGUGUGACAGGAGUCUGCAGUCAGUCCAGUUACGUCUUAGGAAAGUGAGUUUCUCUCAAUAUAUAUAAAUAUUGCCUUGUCUGCCGAUGUUGUGUUCUGUCCAUCUAUGUGAAAAAGGCGGACAUGGGGAAAGGGUUUAGAUACAUUCGUAUCAAAUGAAGGGACCAAGAGGCUGAUUCAUCAUCAUUGACCGGUUCUUUAAUUCAGCGUGUCACAACAAGGGUCCCACUCUCCUCUGUCGCCAUCAUCAUAGCUUUAUUAUCACAGCAUGGUUAACAGUAAUGGGGUGUUUUAAAAACCAUUGGUUCACCAGCCUCUUCAAACUCUAGUCUCUUUUAGUGAUGAAGUUCUGUGAUGUUGUUGGUAUGUCUGUCACGUUUCAAGAUAUGUGUUAUGAUCUUGAUACUUUGGUUGUUUUGAGACGCUGCACUACAAAAGCUGAACUAUGAGUCCGGUACAAGUGUCCACCUUCUGUUUGUUUCACACCCCGAUCCUCCCCAAAACCUGGACCAUGACGACACCCACUCUACAGCCGGUGAUGUUGUAGAAUCGCCUAGUGUUUGAAUUGCCUAGUAAGGACUGUUUUUUUUUUUGUGGUGUUUUAUCUAACAUAGUUGUAAGAAAGGUACACAACUACUGGCAGCAGUUAGUCUAUAUAGUGAUUUAAGUAUUUUAUCUUAUGUCAGUGUGGGAGUUCCUCUCCCAGUGCAAAGGGUCCAUUACCUGCAGUUUGGACAAGAAAUCUCUCUUUUGGCCCCCAAGCAAUUCCCGUAGCUGCUAUCAGUUUUCUUGUUUUAGUCAUCAGUUAAAGCUAGUCAAUUGAAGGACCACCACACUAGACAUGUAUUACCUGUUGGCCUAGGUAUUUCAAAUAGCAGCAAGUAGUCAAAGAACUUCUAUCAUAAUGACCUCAUAAAACAUUACAUAAAACAUUGCCUUGGCACCUCCUGUGUUAGAAUAAAACUGUUGCAUUCAAUGUCUCAACCUUUGCUAUUAUGACAUCACAGAAUGUUCUGUUGUGUUUGUCUUUUGCUAUUAUGACAUCACAGAAUGUUCUGUUGUGUUUGUCUUUUGCUAUUAUGACAUCACAGAAUGUUCUGUUGUGUUUGUCUUUUGCUAUUAUGACAUCACAGAAUGUUCUGUUGUGUUUGUCUUUUGCUAUUAUGACAUCACAGAAUGUUCUGUUGUGUUUGUCUUUUGCCUUCCUCCUCUCCCUGUUGGUUAAUGGCCUCAGCCUGUCAGGUGGCACUGUUGUCAAACUUGUUAGCAGUUUACUUACUGGCUACUCUGUGCCACCCUCUUCUCAACUCAAACCUGUUUGUUGCCUUUGUUUUUACUAGAACUAAGUUUCUGUGCCACCCCUCUCUUCUUCUUCUCUUCAUGUAAAGUGUUUACAGUUCAGCGUGGUUGUUUUGUGAAGGCUCCAGUUAGACCUAUGUGAAAUGAGAGUCCCACUGUAACCAGCUGCCACAUGGAGUUUAGUGAGGUUAGUAGAUGGUAUCAUUCAUCUGGGAUUCUGACUUUAUUUCAUAAAGAUCUUUCUAUUUUCUUCUUAUUCCUUUUGGGUGAUUUUUCAAAUGUUGAUUUUGUGGUUUUCUGUAUUGUUUGUUGUUUUUGGCUCAGUUAUUGCAAGUAUCCCCUGUUCACAUUUGCAUGUAUGCUCUUAUGAAGUUGACAUUAGGCCUUGGUACUAGUCUGGAUCAAUGGCUACAUUUGGGAUUACCAUUUAAAUAUUUAUGACCCCCAAUAUUUUUAUAUUAUAUUUACACCCAAUAGCAGCUCCCAAUUUAUAUUAUAUUUAUUGAGGUAUCAUAUCUACUGAUACGAUGAAAUGAAGUGUUGAAACACCUCAAGCCUCCGAAACAAUGUCCUGUAAAGAUGCGUCAGUAACUGCUAAAUGGCUUAUUAUUAUUUAUUAUAACUGUCCUCCCUGUGCUGUGUGAAGGUAGUAUUAUGUAAUGACGUUUCUCUGUACUUCCAAACAUUUACAUUUUAGUCAUUUAGCAGACACUCUUAUCCAGAGCGACUUACAGUUAGUGAGUGCAUACAUUA